CCCCACCCCCCCAGAAGACAGGAUUUCACUUCCUUACCUCAUUUCCUCCUCCUGCCUCUUUAUGUAAACCCCCCUGCUCCGUAAUGUUUGUUUCUUCAUUUUGAUUGUAUAAGAGAGAUCAAGUAGUAUAGAGGAUGACAGUCAGCUACAAGUAUUGGGAUGAUUGUGUUGACCCUCAGGACAUGGAGGAAAUGUGGGAGGAUGGUGAAGUCAGCACUGAAUGGCUAGAUGCUGGGGAAGAGAGAGAACAGAAAGUUCAUCUCUCUAGGGAUCCUGAUGGAGAGCCUUUUUUGACUCAGACUGAACUGAAGGCUGUUGUCAAUAUUACUGUUCGAAGACAUUUUGAUUCAGAGAUUGAUCCGGAUAUGAUUUGUGCUAUUUGUGAACUUGAAAGUGACAGACUGCUUCUUUCUAUGCGCAUUGAAAAAAAGUCUAAGGACACCACUCAAGGUCUCAUGCAAAUUUCAACAAAAACUGCUACUUGGCUCUUUGGUGAGAUGGGUUACAGAGCAUAUGACGUACAGACAGAUCCAGACCUUCUCUAUAGGCCCUUCGUAAGUAUAUAUUUUGGAGCUGCUUACCUGAAAUGGUUAUCGACCUAUGACGGAAUAGAAAGGGGCGAAGAAUAUAUCGUCAGGGCAUAUAAAGGUGGAACAAAAAAGGCUACUCACAAAUCCACAUUGUCAUACUGGAAAAGAUAUGUUGCAGUCAAAGAAACUCUUCUGUCAAGAAAGUUCUUGGAUGAUGGUCCUUGGCGGAGUAAUGUUUCUUCUACUGCUCCUGCUAAUAAACCUCCUUCAGGUACUGAUUAUUGGGAUGCUAGAGCUUCACCAGAAGACAUGGAAGAGAUGUGGAAUAAUCCUGAGGUUGCCAAAGAGUGGACAAAAUCAGGAGAAAAACGGGGAAGAGUGCGCUUUUCUCAUGAUGCAAAAAAGACACCCUAUCUUUCUCGAAUAGAAUUGAAGGCAGUAGCAGAAAUCAUUCUUUCCAAGUAUUUCAGUGCUAAGGGUGUUAAACCUACAGUUCUUUGUGCUCUAGCCGAGAUGGUUAGCAUGCGUUUUGUGAAUGGUGUGGGAGCAAAACCUGGCAUUAUGGGAAUAGACUACUCCACAGCUUUCUGGAUUUAUGUGGAGCUGGGCUACAGGGCUUAUAAAGUUGAUUCUAUGGAAGAUCUAAACAAGCCAUUUGUGUCUAUGUACUUUGGUGCAGCCUAUUUGGCUUGGCUAUCAGAAUAUGAAGGAAGGGAAAGAACUCCACAAUUCAUUGUUCAAGCUUUUCUUGCCGGGCCAAAGAAUGUUAAUCUUCAAGAAACUGGUCCUUCUUGGCUUAAGUUUGAGCAAACCUUAGCAAGCUUUGAAGGCACAAAAAGAUCACAAGGGAGCUGCACCAUCUUGUAAGCUCAGGAAGUAACAAUCUGCAGUUUUUUUUCAGCAUGGAUUUUUGGUCACAGCCUUUAGAGUUUUAUCUGGUCUUUAUGCAUUAUAAAAGGCUAUGGAUUUUUGCUUCUUUAGAGAGAGUUUUGCAGAGAAAUCUCAAUUCUGAAAUACAUAAUCUAGUUGACAGCAAUUCUGUAUUGUAUUGGCUUGGUUUGCAAUAAGAAGUUUGAUAGAAAGAAAA